AGCACUGUCCACAUGACUCAUCCGGGCAUCUGUGCCAUAAUCCGGCAAAAAAAUCUAUUUAUAUUCGCUGUUAGAUCUGUCGGCGUCUGGGGGGUUAGGCUUUUUUUCAAGGCACCACUGUACGUUGAUUACGAUUACAAAAGAAAGUUUUCGUAAUGCUGUCGCGGUCAGGAAGAGCCGAAACCCGAAGUAGGGCAAAAGAGGAUAUCAAAAGAGUGAUUAAUGCCAUAGACAGAGUCAGAAAAUGGGAAAAAAAGUGGGUGACUAUAGGUGAUACAUCAGUAACUGUUUUGAAAUGGGUUCCAAUAACAGCCCAGGAGAACCCAGGGGCACUCAGAAAGAUCCCAGGGGUGAAAACCAAGACCUACUCCAAAGCCAGGGUUGAAAGAGAAAGGGAAUUAUACACAGCUGAAGCUGAUGCCCACCUGCGUUCCAUGUCUCCGUCCAAUAGCAACACCAAUAUUUCCACUGCCAGUAGCCCCUCAUCUAAGAACAAUCACAACAACAAUCACCACCACAGCGCUGGACAUAAGAGGAGUCAUAAAGGGAUUGUGACCAAUAGUCAAGGCUCUGUAGUUUAUACAGAAGAGUCUACUCAGCAGUCUAUUGGAUCAUUUGGUUCGGAGAAUCUUAAUGAUGACUCGAACAUGUCGUUUCCAGAGAACAGCGAGCACAGUGAACAUAAUGACAACAAUGAGUAUUCCCAUGACAGUAAUUAUGCUGACCCGCAGAUGAGAGUAGCUUUAAGCAUGGUUAGAGAUGAAGAGGACGGAGGCAAAACAAAAAAUAAGGCAGAAGAAACAAAUGAUUCUACCAGUCCACCUGAAUUGGAAAGAGAAUCCUCAUCUGAUGAGCCAAGUACAAAGAAAGCCAAAACUGGAUCUUAAUAUUGGAAAGUUAAUUAUCAUUCCCAUUUGUUUAUAAAAAGGUUAUUUUACUAUUUGUUAUACAUUAAUAAAAAUACAUUUUGCAUUUGUAAUUAAUUUUUUGAGUUUUCAGUACAGUUGUUUCCAUAGUAUUUGUUUAUUUCAGUGGCAGGUUGUGUUAUUAGAAUGAAAGAUUUUUUUUUGUUUUUACAAUUCACUUUAUCAAUAAUUAAAUGAACAAGUUCUGAAGAUCUCCAAGGCUGACCAGAGCUCAACCUGUUUCUGGGUUGUGUCGUUAUACAGCUAAAUAGAAAAUGUAGGUAAAUAAUAAAUACUCUACAUCAAAUACUGGUAUAUGAUGAUUGUCACAUCUUUGUAAAAUUGGUUUGCAAAUGGGGUUUAAAUAUAUAAGCCCCUUGUUGGUGGGUGUAACUCUUUUGAAUUGGAAAUUUGUACCUUGUAUUUUGAGUCUGCAAGUUUGGGGAUUUUAGAUGAAAAUUACAUUGAAAACUUAAUGCAGCAAUUUAAUUAGAAAAAAAAACAACAAUCUGACAUUUUUUUUAAUGCAAAGUUUUCUCAACAUUGGUCUUACAUAGUGUAAUGUUUUCACAAACUUAAUAAAUUUUUUCAUUGCUUCUACCAGCUUUUAACUUAUUAAUUGUAAUAUCUUAAAGAAGACCACCAAAUUUCAAACUAUAUACAUUUACAUAUAUUUGAUGCUUUUUUUUUAAUUUAAACAUUUUCAUAUCUACAUGUAAACUUGUAUACUUUUCUUUCUCGAAUUCAAAUUUCCAUAUUUACAGUAGAAGUAAAUGUGAUUACAAAAUCUUCACUUAAUUAAGAUUGCAUCUAUUAACUUGCUUGGGCUUUUGCCUUGUUAAUUAUUAAUUUUUUGCAACUACAAAUUAAACUUGAUAUGUACUUUGAAAUGGUCAUAUAAUCUAAAUAUUUACUAGGCCGUCAUGAAGUUUCAUGCUACUAUUUAAAUCCAUAAUUGACGCUAGUGGUUCAGCAUAAUUACAUGCCUUAGUGGUAUUCAUGUGAUGUACAUUUUGAUUGGCAUUUUUUUUGGUUUAAAUUUACGGUGUCUUAUCUAUCAAGUCUGUUUCUGUAUUCCUGGUGCCUGGCUUUAUAUAAAAAGAUGUAUUUGAACUAUCAGUUCCAUCCCAUAUAUUGCAUCCUCUCAUUGUGGGAGGACAUAGAUAAUGUACCAGUUGCACUAAACAUUUCCCUGAGAUAAGAUGUAUAUGAAAAAUAAGUAUUACAGUCAUUGUAUCAGGUGAGAUGUUAACAGGACUGGCAUUACUGUUACAGUACCACCUUUAAGAAUUUGGACAUUCUUUAAAUCUUUGUUUUUUCCCCCAUCAUAAGUGGAUGAUUGUAAAUAAAUGGUUUUUUUUUGUUUUAAGUUUGUAAAUAGAAAUAAGACUGUGUGUUACCGUGAUGUGGAAAAGUUGAACUGGUCAACUCCGUGAGUUGAACUGGAAUGUGUGUGGUGUGCACCUGAAGUAGCUCAGCUACUACCUUGGAGCCAAAUGAUUGUAAUCAUGAAUAUUUGUAGCCAUUCCAAAUUUAUGUAGACAUUUGUUGUCAAUCAAGGUACUUGUGUUAUCCAUUGCUAGACAUUUAAAAACAAAAAUCAGAUUCAUAUCUGACUUAUGGCAAUAGUAAUUAGAAAAUGCAAGUAAACUUGGAUCAUUCAAGUAUUAUUUUUAAUGCUACUUCAUUUCACUGUAUAGAGAAAAAGGUUGGGUAUCCCUACUGUCUACAAUAAAUUGGCUAAAGUUUUGUGUGGAUUAUGUUGACCUUGUCAUCUGCACUGUGCACACUAAAAUGUUUUGAGUGUGACAUUAAAUACAAACUGUGAAA